GGGGCUUGACGUCAGGCCACAUCAGCAUUUGUGCCAGGCCUACUGGAGUGAGUUUGGCGCUUGCGCAGUAAUUGCAGACGCUCCGCUGCUUAGAGACCGGGCAGAGAGGGAUGAGAAUAUCGAGGGAAGCAACGCUAUGGCUGGGGUAUGCCCCUACUUGGGCAGUUUCGAGUUGGGUACACUUGUGUACCUUCACCUGCAGUAAAAAUACUUGGACCUUUCUUUACAGUAUUCCUCCAGCUCUGAGAGCACAGCUAAGAGAAAAUGACAGUCAACCAUGGAGAACCGUGUAGAGGACUUUCAGAUGAAAGCCCUGUCAACUGGAAAGUUAACGCAAUUCAAUCAGACAAGUUCUUAUCUCUUCUUUUGAGCAUGGUUCCUGUUGUGUGCCAGAAGGGCCAAGAAGAGAGAAUAAAGAAGGUCAAUGGAAUGACACCCAUUGGUUAUGGCUUUAAUAUUCGAACUGACCAGCACUUGGAAUACCAUAAUUUCUCAGAACCCAGUUACCAUGGAAAUGGCCCCCAUUGCUCCAGCCUUUGCAGUACAAAUUAUGACUUUGAUGGUUAUGAUUACUGUGAUGGAAUUGAUGCAUCUGAAACUGAUGCUAUGCUGCAGGACAGCAGGACAUCUGCCGAUGGAGAUAAAGAUGCCCCUGUUGAGGGAAGCAAAAAACAGACUAAAGAGUCUAGCAUUGCCAUGGCAUUGCAGAUACUUCUGCCAUUUUUGCUGGCUGGCUUUGGAACUGUGUCAGCUGGCAUGGUGUUGGACAUUGUUCAGCACUGGGAAGUAUUCAAAAAUCUUACAGAAGUGUUUAUCCUGGUUCCUGCACUACUUGGUCUAAAGGGAAACUUAGAAAUGACAUUAGCAUCCAGGCUUUCAACUGCAGUUAAUGUUGGAAAGAUGGACUCACCUAUUGAGAAGUGGAACCUAAUUAUUGGUAACUUAGCUUUAAAGCAGGUACAAGCAACAGUAGUUGGCUUUUUAGCAGCUGUGGCUGCUGUUAUAUUGGGCUGGAUCCCAGAGGGCAAAUACCAGUUAGAUCAUGCAGUCCUUCUGUGCUCCAGUAGUGUAGCUACAGCUUUUAUUGCAUCUCUUCUGCAAGGCAUAAUUAUGGUUGGAGUCAUUGUAGGAUCCAAAAAGACUGGAAUAAACCCAGACAAUGUUGCUACACCUAUAGCAGCCAGCUUUGGGGAUCUGAUCACUCUGGCUAUAUUGGCUUGGAUAAGUCAGGGACUUUACAAUUGCCUCGGUUCUUACUCAUUUGUAUCCCUAUUAGUCGGGGCUUUCUUCUUAGCAAUGACCCCAGUAUGGAUUGUUAUAGCCUCUAAACAUCCAGCCACAAGAACUGUUCUUCGUUCUGGAUGGGAGCCGGUCAUUACUGCAAUGCUUAUUAGCAGCAUUGGUGGCCUUAUACUAGACACUACCGUAUCUGAUCCAAAUCUUGUUGGGAUUGUUGUCUAUACUCCAGUAAUAAAUGGUAUUGGUGGUAAUUUGGUGGCCAUUCAGGCAAGCAGAAUAUCGACAUAUUUGCAUUUACAUAGCAUCCCUGGGGAGCUACCAGAAGACGCCAAGGGUUGCUACCACCCUUGCAGGACCUUCUGUGGAACAGGAGUUAACAAUAAAUCGGCUCAAGUUCUACUGUCACUAGUGAUCCCGGGUCAUUUAAUUUUCCUGUAUACCAUCUAUUUAAUGAAGAGUGGUCACACAUCCCUGACACCCAUCUUUAUAGCUGUUUAUUUAGUAGCAGCUUUGCUACAGGUAUUUGCUCUGCUAUGGAUUGCAGACUGGAUGGUACAUCACAUCUGGAGGAAAGGAAAAGAUCCCGACAGUUUCUCCAUUCCUUACCUUACAGCACUGGGGGAUCUGCUGGGCACAGCAUUGCUUGCUGUCAGUUUCCAUAUCCUUUGGCUUAUUGGGGACAGAGAUGGAGAUGUUGGAGACUGAUGAAUGUAGUGCCAAACUGACGACCUCCUUCCUGACAGUGACCAAAUCUGCCAGAGCCAAACAUAAUCACAUAAGAAUGAGUGAAGCUCAUCUACUUAGCACAAACAAACAUAAGGAUCCAUGGCUAAAUGUUCUUUUUAAAAGGGAAGAUUGAAAUGCACAAAUUCCACACUUGCUUGUACAGCUUAUUAAAUAUUGGAUAGGACACAAUGAAUUUAGCUGAUUGUCUUUAAAACUAUAAUUAAUAUUCACCUUACAUUAAAGAAAAAAAAAAGUAUAUUUCUGGCUAAAAUAUUACAAUAAGGGUAAAUAUUAUCAUGGGGACAAAUGGAGGUAAUUAAAUUUUCACUUAAUUUAAUGUUAACUUAUGUUAGACAUUUGUAUGUUUCAUUUUUUCCAUGAGCGGUUCAUUCCUAUUUGCAUUGUUUGCACGAUGCUGCAUUUUAUGGUGAGUUAUAGCAGCACCUAUGUGAAUUGGAAAGCAGUUGGUUUCACUUUGAAGUUGUAAGUGCUGCAAAAGUAUAUUAUUUAACUAAGAUCUCUUUGCCCUAAAGCCCUCUAAACGAACAAACCAGCAUGCCCAAUACAGUCAACCAAAUAGGCAGGCUAUCAGUCUUUGCUGGCCAGCUUAACUUAAUACCUGGCCAAUAUAAGACACUGCAAACUGGCUAGCAGUAUACGUGUAAAUCUGGUGUAAAGUCACCAUAACCAGUUUGAUUCUUUGGGGCACUUGCAGAGUAUCUGACAGAUUGGACCACAGGUGAACACUAUGCUUUUCCUUCAAAUUUUUGUAAAAUAGGUGACUUGCCAAUAAAGUGUUCUUAGGUUCUGCUCAUUAUGUACUAUAUAUUUUUUUUUUUUUACUGUGACGUAAUAAAGGGGUAGUUCAACAUAAAAUUCAGUUUUAGUAUAACAUAGUAAUGUUCUGAGACCAUUUGCAAAAGGUAUUUUGUUCAGAAGGUCGCCAGUUUGGAAUCUUAGUCAUUAUAUAGUUGUUAGGAUACAAUUUAUACUAGUGACCAAGUAGAAGUUUGAAUGACUCACUGGAAAAUGAACAUAGAAAGUAACAGUAAUAAAAUGGUAACCUUACAAGGCACAACAGUUUUUUGACUGCAGUGAUCAGUUACCCCUAUAACUAGAUAGCACUUAAAGUUGCAAAGAUUCAAAACUGGAAGGCAAAUAAUUAAAAACCAAAACAAAAGAUAUAAACCAAUUAAAGAAACUGCUAAGAAUAACCCUUUUAUAACAUACUAUCAGUUACACCAAUGGUGAACUACCCCUUUAAGCAAGAUUGCGCUAUAAAUGAAAGCUGUCCUAUUGUUUCUCUGCCUUUUUUUGGAAGGAAGUUUUGUUCCUUACUGAGUCUCCUAUUGCGCAAAAUGUAAGACCAUUAUUGCUAUGAGACAUGUGGUGGACAUAUAGCAGCCAAGGGUUAAAUCCUGUAUGUUCUUUUGAUGUUGUUUCACAGCAUAAUCAGUUGUGAAGGUAUGAUCAUGAAUGUGUGUCUGAUACGGUACGGUACAAUCCAUAGAAAUAUUCCUUUUAUUUCUAUAUAGGCAGUUUUCAGUUUAGUGUUCCCAAAAGUGUGACACCAGUAUUAAAGCUACAGGCAGUCAGGCAGUUUUAUAUCACCCUGCCUGUUUUGGUUUCUAUCAUGCUUGUCUGUUGUUGUACCUCAGGCUUGGGUCAGUGGGAAUGAAUAACAAACUCAGGCACCUGUAUUCAUAGUGGUAGGUAAGUUUCUCUUUUCUGUGCAUAUAUAGGGGUCUGUGUUCCUCAUUACAAGGGCCAAUUGGGAUGAUAAUAUGCACAGACCUAGCUCUAGGCUUCAGGUGGAUAUUUAGAACAGUGUUGCUCAGAUUGUGUGGUCUGCCUGCCAAUUUGGUGAGACUGAAAUGGCUUCAUUGAACCUUUAUACUUGGCUCCAGCUGUGUCUACAUCUAUACAGAGCCUAUUUAAAGUGUUCAGUUGAUCUGCAUAUGACUGUUUCUAUGUUGUGUUUCUAUGUUGUUUUUAAUAAAUGGGGUUAUUCUCAGUGUUGACUGUGCUAAUCAUAAGUGCCCUUGAUAGAAAAAACAAGUGAGAUGGCCUAAUCUAGAAAACACAAUAUAACAAGGGGCCUAAAACAUGCCCUUUAAAAUGUAGCUUUACACUUUUACAAAAGGCCAAAACACAAUGUUAGAGCCAUAAUGGACCAAGCAAAGCACUGAAGUCUGUUUUGAACUGCCAAUAAAGAUAAUAACAUUCA